AUAAAGGGGCGGAGGGGCCGGGGGGGGGACACGAGGGGACACGAGGGGACAGCGCCGGCCGGGACGAUGCUGGCGCUGCUGUGGCUGUCCCUGGUGACAGCGGUGACACCCGGGGGGGGUCACGGGGGGGCUCUGACCUUCCUGGCCCUGGGGGACUGGGGGGGGCUGCCCGAGCCCCCCUUUGUCACCGCUCGCCAGGUGGCCACGGCGGCGGCCAUGGGCCACGCGGCCACCGAGCUGGGCGGCGACUUCGUGCUCGCGCUCGGCGACAACUUCUACUACGCGGGGGUGCGGGACGAGUGGGACCCCCGCUUCCAGGACACCUUCGAGCGCGUGUUCGUGGCCCCGGGGCUCCGCGGCGUCCCCUGGUACGUGAUGGCCGGGAACCACGACCACGCCGGCAAUGUCACCGCGCAGCUGCGCUACAGCCGCCACUCGCCGCGCUGGCACUUCCCCCACCCCUACUACAGCCUGCGGCUGCACCUGCCCGGCUCCAACGCCUCGGCGCGGCUCCUGGUGCUGGACUCGGUUCUGCUCUGCGGCCACAGCGACGACUUCGGCGCCGGCCCCGCGGGGCCCCGGGACGCGGCGGCGGCCGCGGCUCACCUGGCCUGGCUGCGGGCGCAGCUGGAGGCGGCGGCCGGCGACAGCUUCGUGCUGGUGGCCGGCCACUACCCGGUGUGGUCGGUGGCCAAGCACGGCCCCACGCCCUGCCUGCUGCGCCUGCUGCGGCCGCUGCUGCGGCGCCACCGCGUCAGCGCCUACCUGUGCGGCCACGACCACAACCUGCAGUACCUGGAGGAGGGGGGGGUGGGCUACGUCCUGAGCGGCGCCGGCAACUUCAUGGAGGAGUCGCGGCCCCACGAGGGCUCCGUGCCCCCCGGCGCCCUCCGCUUCUUCUUCGGGAGCCCCGCCAGCCCCGGCGGCUUCGCCCACCUGCGCCUGGAGCCCCGCGCGGCCACGGUCACGUUCCUGGAGGCCACCGGGCGCGUCCUGCACCGCGUGACGCUGCCGCCCCGGCACCUGUGAGCCGGGACACCGGGACACCGGACAGCGGGGCACCGGGACAGCGGGACACCGGGACAGCGGGACAGAGGGACAGCGGGGAAACCGGGACAGAGGGACAGAGGGACAGCGGGACAGCGGGGAAACCGGGACAGAGGGACAGAGGGACAGCGGGACAGAGGGACAGCGGGACACCGGGACAGCGGGACAGAGGGACAGCGGGACAGCAGGACAGAGGGACACGGGGACAGC